CCCUCAGAAAGGAUGUGUUAAAAUCAUACACACUUCUUGUGUUAGUACUAAUUCAACACACGUUGUGUUGAAUUAUCCAUUGUUUGUGUUAAAAUUACACAAAUAUUUCACAGGAGUCACUAACACAUCAUGUGUUAAAUAAUUGUUCAAUUGAGUUGCGCGCUGCAACUGCUUUGCGUCACAAACACGACUCCACACUCCAGUCCAGCAGGUGGCGGUACUGCGCCAAUAAGCUGGUUUGUCAACUGCCACUCGACAGAAGAAGUUGAUGUACGUUCGUUCCUAUGACUGACAGUGAAUUGCUGAGUCAAGGAAAAACGAAGACGGCUAACGCAUUCAAAUGGAAGGGAGUGAGGCUCCCAAGACAUUAACAACAGUGUUCCUAGAUGGGACAGAGAUAUGCAAGAAGAUGCUUCAACUACCCUCUAUUGCAGACAUUCUUGAUGCCUGCAAAAGUUCAUUAACUUGCAAUGCAGAAUGUGAUAGACUUCUAAAAUUUAACACAGAUUUUAAUGAAUACAUUGACACGGACAUCAAUGGCAAUGUCGGAAACUUAGACAAAUAUCACAUUUUGUUCAAGUCAACCAAGCCAAAACACUCUCGGGAACAGUUGGCGGAACCGCCGGGUACAGAUGCAGCUGGUCCAAGUGGUCAAUUGGAGGCUGAGCAGUUCAGUUCCUGUACAACUCAUCCAAGCAGUCAACUGAAUAGUCGAGGACAAAUUGAUGGUGCGCAUGGAUUUAAUGCAGCCAGUCUGACAGCACUCCUUGAGAGUAAGGCCCGAAGUGUACUGGCUGAAUAUGAAAAAUCAGGAACACUCUCUGUGACCUCCAGAAAACUUAUUGUGAAGAUAGGUGUCAGUGAUCUGGUGGAGCGAAGGGGAUUUUACCCUUCAAGUGCUGACAAACAGAAUUUGGCUAAAAGCUUAAUAACAGUCUUCCCAUCACUGAAGAUCAAGAUCCAAGAAGAGAAUGAAGGAUUUGAGCACUUUUAUGACCCGGUGUCUCAUUGUGGGUUCAUCGAAAUGAAACUGAGAAACCUACGGAGAACCCUCCAUGAUGAUCAGCGACUGUAUCGCAAGCGUGGCAGGUCUAGUAAUCCCUCUGGAGUUAGUAUAACACUGGAAGUGAUUGCAGAUGGGGAAGAAGAGUCCAUCAAGGAGUGGAUAACCUCUACCAAAAGGAUGAGACCAUCUCCUGAGAACAUUGCAUCUAUCAAAAUGGGCAUGGAGAAAACCUACACCAACCGAAGACUCUGGAUUACAAGCAAAUCGCCAACCGUGGCUGAGGUUUUCCAGCAGUACCCUCGCUUUGUGGACAUGCCAUACUUGUUGGAUGCAGAGUUUGGAAAAAUGUUCCCCGGGAAGGAAGACCUCUUCCUUCGGAAAUGGGAAGGACAUAUUGUUCCAAAACUACUUAAAGUGGCUACACUUGAAAAUGACCCCCAUGUCUUGCCAGCUGGUGAGGAGAGUGAUGAGUUCCUUUGCUUCAGAGCCCUUCAGAUGCUCACACACUAUUUGCCUCCUACUGCAUCGGGGAGGGCUAAAGGAUGGGCCAAAUGCAGUGUGAAAUCGGCCCUUUCGUACAUCUUGGACAUAAAACCGACUGGAACAAGCAUACCAAGCCUUCUAGAGGGAUCUCCUGAGGAAGCAGUGGGAGUCCACCAGCCCAAGCUGGUGUGUUUAGGGCACCCCAGGACAGUUGCUCAGUACGUCAUCAUUGCAAAGAACGACAAUGUCGCCAUCCCCCUUCAAGACGAAGGUUUGACAUGUGCCAUUGACAAACUGUUCAAAGUUUUCUGGGUUUGCAACAUGGCAUAUCCUGCCCAACUCGAAUCAGUCUACAGUUUCUUUGAGUAUGUUUAUGACAUGCCCAUCUCAGGUGGGAAGAGAUCAAAAGUUGUGGAACUUAUUGCAAAGCUCCAGGCAGUAUUGUUGUAAGUUGUACCACCAUGUACAGUUGUCCCAAAUGCAAGAAAUCCAUUUCGAAACAAGUCAGGACACUUAUUAGACAUCUUAGGCAAGUUCAUGCAAUUUCAGAUGGACAGGAUUAUACAAUUGUAGUCAGAACCACUGUCAAAGAACUUACCAUAACUUUAAUUCUUAUGCCAGACAUAUAAACAGGGAACACACUCAGGUUGCAAACCCAGUAAAUUUGGAACAAAUGGUCAAUUUUGGUAAUGGGUCGGAAGAUGUUUCUACGUCAUGCUCCAACGCAAUGAAAACUCCACAAACAGAUUCGGAAACUUCAAUGGAUUGUCAUGUUUCAGACCAUCGUGAGACUGCAGCUUCCUUUGUUGCCAAAAUGUACUGUGCAUCAAAUUCCACCCUAACCGAUGUGCAAAAAAGCAUUGCUUGCACUAAAGAGCUACUGGAAAAGACAUUGGACGAUUUAAAGGAUAAAACUGCAUCUGUAAUUGAUAGCUACUCUUUGUCAAAUCUUUAAUGCAGGAUUUUGAAAAUGCACGAAACAUGUUUUCCGAGGUGGAUACUCGGAAUAUAUGAAAAUAUAAUAAAUAAAUAUUUUUCUGAAAAACACUC